AUGUAUCCCACCGCGCAGAUCAAGCUAGCGCAGGACGAGGUGGACGGGAUCCAGCGCUCCUUACCUGACCGAUUAGCUACCGCGUACAUCCAAGCUCGCAUGACCGUCCUCGUUGGCCUGCAUCGCUGGAUGCAGCACGCUCAUGUGAUCGAGCACGGAAGAGCCGACCAUCUGAAGGAGCUCAAGGAUCUCUGGGACCUGCUGGAGCACGUACGGAAGUUGAUCCCGUACAUGAUCGAAAGGGCGAAGACGCACCCGGAGCUGUGGAACUCGGAGCGCCCGGGAUCGAACGACCCGAGGACCAUACCGGAUGCGGUCCAGUCCUACGUGAGCAGGGCUCCCCUGUUCCGGUUGUCCGUCCUGCUCGCUUGCAACCCCCGGUACCGAGCGGCGUACGACGACGCGCGGGAGCUGAUGCAUCGCGCGAUAUCCGACCACCGUCGACUGCUCGGUUUUCCCCGCGACGAGACGGCCAUCGCCAUCGCGAAACGAACGAUGCACCGCGCGUGCGCCGACUUUGAACGACUGGAAAACCUGGAUUCCAGGUCCAUCGCUGCCAUCUUUCCGUAUACGCACCCCGCUGCUGCACCCGUGCACACACACACACCAAAGGUCAAAAGAUGGACCGGGCUGACGUUUCCAGAAAUGCGUUUGUUAGGAUCCGAGAACACGAACACGAAGAUCAUGCUCGCGGACGCCUCACACCCGUGGCACUCGGGGCGAAGAUCGACGGCGACGGUAAUGGCGACAGCAGCAGCCUCAGCGUGGAGUCGGAUCGUUCGUCUCGUCGUACGGCCUGAUUCAGCCAUGCCGUAG